AUGUCCGACAACACCAAGUCUCUAAGAAUCGACUGGUUCGACGGAACAGUUAUAGAAGAAACGAGACCCAGUGCUUCCCAAUUUAAUGACGAAGAAACUGAAAACCUUCAAGUAGCCCAAAAACCUCAAGAAUCUGAAAGAAAACCCAUCGGUUUUAAAAGACUAUUAGACAUUUCGUUUAUGAAACCACCGUCUUUAAACAUAGAAUUGGCCAACAGACCCGGUUUUUGGCUGCUUUUUAAGAACGAUUUAAAAGAAGAUUAUAUUGUGUUGAUACUGAAAGUUCUUUCAGCGUUGUAUAAAUCUUUAGAUCGUGGUGAGAAAUCUAAAAUAAGCACAUUAUUGGAAUCAAAGUUUAUGCAUUCAAAUUAUCUAACACAACUAAAGGAAUAUCUGCAGAGAUUACCUUCAGUGAGAAUUGUAGAAAAGAGACUAAAUAUGCAAUUCUGGGAUGAUGUAGAGACAUUUUAUUUUAACGUGUAUGAGUUUUGUUAUGGUAUUUUUGUGUAUCAGAAUGAGUCCAAGGAGUUCUUAAAUGAAUUACUGGAUUUAGUUACAACUGCAGAAAUAAGUGCUAUUGGUGUUCAAGAAGAACAUAGCGAAAGAAUUGGAGAAAGUUUUUACUCUAAAAUACAGCAAUUGAAAGAACAAAUUUCCUCAUCCAUAUCACAGGAUCAUAAUGCUUUAACCCAGCAGCAUUUUACAAAUAUGGAUCCUAAUAGUUUUAGAAAUAUUCCCAUCUUCCCAACAAAGCAGGACUUAGUUUCUGGCACACUGGUUGAUAUUCGUCCUAACAUAGUUAAUGGUGCUUAUACAAGUGUUGAACACUACUUGGAUGUACAAUUUAAAUUGCUAAGAGAAGAUUGCUACGGUCCACUCAGAGAAGGAAUAUCUAAGUAUUUAGAUAAUCCAACUAAGAGAAGACAUGAAAAUAUAAGAGUUUUCCCAAAAGUACGGAUUAUUUCCACAUACAUAAGCGGUAACAAAGUUGGUCAUUUAGUUGAUAUAGCCUGGGACGAACGACUCAAAGACAAAUCUGUGAAUUGUACAAGAUAUGUCAAAAACAAACAGCUAAUGUUUGGUUCUUUACUUUUAUUCACUAGCGAUGAAUUUAAUACAAUAUUAUGUGCAUCAGUACUGGAUUCCAGUGUUGCAUUGCUGAAUGAAGGCUAUAUUUUAGUGUCAUUUGAUAACCCUGUAUCAAGUAAUAUAUUCUCAGAAAAGUACACAAUGAUUGAAAGCGAGGUUUUUUUUGAGCCUUACCACAGAGUUCUCAAAGUGUUGCAAAACUGCAGGCCUGAUGAAUUGCCUAUGAAAAACUAUAUUAUCGACGUUCAGUCAAACACCCAACCUCCAGCAUAUAUAAACUCAGAUACAAUAUACACAAUACAAACUAAACAAGGAGAUAUCUAUUUUCCUGUACUGGAUAAAUCGCAAUGGCCGUCCAAUGAAGAAUUUGGUUUGGAUCAAUCACAAAUGGAAGCGUAUAACUUUGCUCUAACAAGAGAAUUCGCGGUCAUACAAGGUCCGCCCGGAACUGGAAAAACCUUUUUAGGUAUCAAAAUAGCGUCUACGAUCCUUAAGAAUUUAUCCCUAGACGGUACGCCGAUGUUGAUUAUCUGUUACACGAAUCAUGCCCUAGAUCAAUUCUUGGAAGGCAUUCUAAAUAUCACAGAUAAUAUUGUAAGAUUAGGCAGUCAAAGUAAGAGUAAGCUACUAGAAUCCUACACGCUUCAUAAUCUACGAACGAAAACUAAAUCGAGGUAUUCCUAUCUCUAUGCGAGUAAGCGGUCUGAGAUAGAAAAGGUUUACAAGGAGAUGAUGGAUCUACAAACGGAUAUUGAGAAGUGUGAUAAAGAAAUACUUUGCUACAAAUCAGUAAAACCUUUUUUGAGGGUAGAUGAUGUCGUUUUAGAAUUAAAAGCGAAUAACGAUGACGCCAUUUUGGAAUGGCUGUUCGGCCAUUCUGAUGACAGAGGUAUCGAAAUUGAUGAUUGGGAGAAGCAAUGUGAAGAUUUGGAUGACAGUGAUAAAAUAGAGACAUGUUUUUCGGAGACGUGGGCUCUAGGAGAAAUAGAUUCUAUGAAAAAUGGGAUUAAGUAUCUGAAAGAUGUGACGGAACAAAUCGAUGGAAAAACAAUGGUGCAUAAAUUUGAAGUGAAAAUAGAAAAGAUAAGAUAUUGGUUGGAGUGUUUCAAGAAAUAUAUGUCUAGCAAAAGUAAAGAACCAAUAGAGCCGAAAAAUAUUAAAGAUUUGUAUGAUCUAACAUUAGAUGAGAGGUGGAAAGUAUAUUUUUAUGCUGUCAAUGGAGUUAAGACUGAGUUACAAAGGAAUAUAAAUCAGUUACUGGAAAAAUACAAUGCCCUCACAAAGGAAUUAGAAGAAGUAUCUACUCUUAUCGAUAGUGAUGUUAUGAAGACUGUUCGAGUAGUAGGAGUGACCACUACGUUGGCUGCGCGAAGACACGACCUCAUGAGAAAGUUGCUGUCACCAAUUGUAAUAGUAGAGGAGGCAGCAGAGGUUUUGGAGUCUCAUGUAAUUGCAUCUUUAACUACAAGAUGUCAACAUUUAAUACUUAUAGGCGAUCAUAAACAACUUAGACCCUCCGCAGCGCACUACAAACUAGCCAAACACUACAAUUUAGAAAUAUCCCUCUUCGAACGCAUGAUUAAGAACUCCAUUCAUGCCAAAACUCUGACCACGCAGCGGCGCAUGCGACCAAACUUCGUGGAACUUUUGGUACCGACUAUAUACGAAAAGCUGGAAAGCCAUCCAAUUGUUUACAAUUAUCCUCAUGUUCGUGGAAUGAGGGAUAACCUAUACUUUUAUAACCACGAUGUGUUUGAAGACUCAGAGGGCUUAGAAGACAGCUGGAGUCACAAAAACUCAUUUGAAGCUCGGUGGACUGUUGCCCUCGCUAAUUACUUACGUCGCAUGGAGUAUUCACCUGAUGACGUCACCAUUCUUACCACAUACACGGGUCAAGCGUCGCUUAUAAAAGAGCUCAGUAAGAAAUACAGCCUCUUACGCGACAUAAGGAUAACCGUGGUAGACAACUAUCAAGGGGAGGAGAGCAGGAUAGUCAUACUGUCUCUAGUAAGGAGUAACAGAGAUGGCAAUAUCGGAUUCCUUUCGGCUUCAAACAGGAUCUGUGUUGCUCUGUCUAGAGCUAAAGAAGGUUUUUACAUCUUUGGAAACAUGAAGAUGCUAUGUUCAGCCGGUCCAAUAUGGCGGUCGAUUGAUGAAAAAUUAAAAUCUUUAUCUGCAAUAGGACAAAACAUAGCGAUACAUUGUGAAAAACAUCAAACUGGUGUUUUUAUGGAAAGGCCUAACGAUCUUGAUAAUUGUUUGCGUGGACUUUGUUUGAAGAAAUGUGCCGAAGUAUAG